CGGUUUCUAUUCAGGAGAAACGGAAGGACACACAAUAUCUCAGCUCGUUUAUUAGACAGAAUCCUUACCAGACACACACAGAUAAUACAUUUGAAAAUUUUCUCAGAAGUUAAGGUUAUCGCUGGGAAUAUUCCUGGACAGUCGGGAUUGCGACUCCUGAGCACAGACUGCGCUGCGCUGGACUAUCAACACCAUGGAUACAAGCAUGGAGAUGUCCAGAAAUCCACUGGGGGAGGAUCUGAACAACUCCAAGCAAAGUGAGAAAGAAGACUCGGUGCUUGAGGAUAUGGAUGUAGAAGACCCCACAAAAGAAGGAAAUAGUGAAGAAAAGUUUAACAGAUCCUUGAAUGCAAGCAUGGAAAGCCGUGGGGGGCUCCAGUCGGAAUGUGACCACUGGAAGUUUAACAGAUCCUUGAAUGCAAGCAUGGAAAGCCGUGGGGGGCUCCAGUCGGAAUGUGACCACUGGAAGUUUAACAGAUCCUUGAAUACAAGCAUGGAAAGCCAUGGGGGGCUCCAGUCGGAAUAUGACCACUGGAAGGAAAAACAUGAUGCGGCAGAUAACCGUAGAUCGAACUUAAUCAUGGAGAAAGUGGAUGCAAGUGAUGCAAAAAUGAAAACUCAGCGGCAGGUGGAAGAACUCGCGAGAAAGCUAGAUGGAACUGAUGAAGAGAAAAAGGAAAAAGAAAAUCUCUAUGAGAGAGAAAUAAAGGGGCUAAAAACGGAGAAUUCAGAUUUACAGAAACAGAUUCAGGAUCUCACAAAAGCCUUUAAAAGGGAGCAACGUGUUUUGGAAGAUAUAAAGGAGGAUCUGCAGGCUGAGAUCACAUUGCCACAAAAAAACAUUAAUUUUAAGGUUGAGGAAACCCCCAAGGAUGGAGAAUCUUCUCCAGACAUAUCCUACAAGUGCUUUGUUACAAUAAAUGGUGUCACUAUCCUCGAAAGUGGGCAGACUCUUUUGACAUUUGAAGACAUCGAAGUUGCUAAUAGAGUUAUUAAAAAAGGAAAAUACAAACUCGACUUUGAAAAUAAGCCGGUGGAAGUGACCGCCAAACCAGUCACCUUGAACAGGACAACCCAGUUUGAGAUUAACAUGAAUAUGUCUAAGAAACGUCUGUGUGUUCGCGAUCUCCCCCCUGAUCUUUCUGAUGAGUACUUAAAAGACAAACUGGAGCUGAUCUUCUACAAACCAAGCAUAGGAGGAGGGGAGAUUGAGAGAGUGCAGAUUGACGGAAGCAGGAACUUGGCUUUCAUUGAUUUCCUACAGUCUGGAGUGGUGGAACGGCUGGUGAAACAGAAACACUUUGAGUUUGUUGCUCAUAAUACUCGUCAUCAGAUUACAGUGGAACCAUUCAUAGACAGGGAACUGAAUAAACUGCAGAUGUUUACUGGCUUUUCCCCAAAGUCGGUCCUGCUGGAAGGGAUACAGGGAGUUGAGGAAACUGAAGACGACAUUCAGGAUAUUGUGCAGAUAUUUUUCCAGAAGCCAACCAAUGGGGGCGGAGAGGUGGAGCAUAUUUUGCACUCUCAUAACAGGAAACGAGCGGCUGAAUUCGAGACCGAUCUUAAAGAGGAUGCCAAUUGUGCCGGACUAUAACUCCCAGCCUGAUAUAAGUUAAAUCACGCUGGGAGCUGUAGUCCCGCAACAUCAGGGGUGGAAUCUGAUUGAGAAAACUUUCCCCAGUUCUCCAGACAAGCGGCCCAUUUACUGCAAGGUGAUACUCUGAUGAGUCCUGUACUCCCAGCUCCCUAUUCUUUCCUCAUGUGAUCAGCAUUGGAGGCAUUAAGCACGUUAUUCCAGUGCCGAACACCCAAUCAGCAUGGCGUCUGUCCCACACUUAAUUGUCUCUCCCUAUGUAACAAAGCAACAUGGCUUAUGGUACUGGUGGGCUUGAUUCUCAUUGGAGCAUCCUCCUGCAUGUGUAAUUAAUCUUGGGCUGAUAUUUUUAUUACUCAGGGUGUGCAACGUGACUGCCAUUAAGCCAAAUAGAUAUUUAGCAAUUUAAUGCUACAACAAAUAAAAGAGUAAGGAACAAUAGUUCCACAAGCCUUAAGUCUAAUACUUUAUCAGUAGGGCUGCUGCACACUUACAUUUCAUUGGCCCUCCUACAACUGUCACCUGCAUUGGGGUUCUGUACUUCUUAGCAGGGCCCUCUCCUAGUGGGUCCUAGGUUAUUAGCCCACUACUCACCUGAGCCCCCUGGGUGAUGGACCCUGACAACUAAAUAGAAUGGGGCUAGGGUUGCCACCUGUCCGGUUUUGACCCAGGACAGCCCUGGUUUCAGAAGGGCUGUCCGGGUCAAAACCUCCUGCCGGUUUUCCAAGUUAGGUAAACCGGGCAAGACUCAAUGAGAUUGAAGUGGCAAUUGGCCAAACGCCGGUCGCUGCUUCAUAGCCCCGCCCAGUGAUGCCACGACCUGCCUCUUCCACAUCCUGUGACGUUACUGCCCCGCCUGUUCCCUCACUGCCCACCCCCUGCCCAGCGACAAAAGCUGGCAGAGGUGGCACUACUAAAUGGGGCCAGUUGGGUCGGGGGGUAUAGGAGGGUCUGUACUUAAAUGGGUAAUCCUUUAGCGGAGAGGGUCAGAUAAGGGAGGGAUUUGUAGCGUAUUACAAAUUUGCCCACAAUAACAUUUCCAGUAAAUUUGUAAUUCCAGCCCCGGCCCCAGCUGGUGAUUUACUGGCCGAGUGGUAACCCGACAUCAUUUACCUUAACUCAAUUACACAUUGGUUGGAAUGUAAACUGCUUUACACUUUGAAAUCCAAAAUUUUUGGUCAAAAAAUUAAAUAAGGUUAAUGGUAAUCCAAGUGCUGAUUUGCACCUUCGCUAAUUAAAUCUGACCAAUGACGUGUUUUCUCUAGUGCUGCCAGAACUUUACAAACAAGAUUUAUCCAUUACAACACAAGAAUCUUGUGGCAACCAAUCGGAUUUAUGCUCUCAAUUUAUAAUUUAUAGUAGAAUCAAAGAUUGGUUGCCUGAAGUACCUGUACGGGUGCAAUUUAGUUUGGAAGUUGGGCUGGGUAACUCCUGGGAGGGGUCACCUUUAAAACAGGACCUAUAAAAAAUGUACUUUAUAGGGUGUCCCCCACCCAGGUUCUUGAACUGAGUCUUCCUUCAGGGUGCAGGGCAGAUCAGGGUGCUGUUCAUUCUUUCUUGUCACUGGUUAGAAUCAGUUUAUGUACAUUACGUAUCUGCAGCCAAUAAAGACACUGUGAGAUUUCA